UACAUAUAUACGAUUCUAUUGUUUAAGACAAAACCUCUAAACCAAGCUCUUAUAAUUCCAUUCUUGUUUGUGAUAUUAAAUGAUAAAGUAAACUUUGUAAGAAUGAGUUGGUUUUCGUUUUCAACAUUGCUUGCUUUUUUAGAAUUAGUAAUAUCUUUUGCUGCUUUAAUCGUGAAAAAAAUCACAGACAGCCAAGGCGAGCAAGUUUUUAAAAGAAACCAAAAAUUUUCAACUGAAUGGAGCUUACUUAAUAAUUUAAAUUGGUCUCAGGCGGGAAAUGACUUCAGCAUUCUGGUGUAUGGUGGAUACACCUUUAUGGCUGGGGUUUUUUUGUUGUCAAGAAUAAAGUCUAAUAAAUUUGAAAUGUGUGAAAAAACAUUGCUCUAUUGCGGAACAAUAUUUUUUGUCAUUCAAGCUUGCUUAGUGUUUGGAACAUUGGAGUACAUACCAAUUGAUAUUCAAAUAAAUGCGCUUAUUCUUGGUACAUUAUCAGUUAUAGGAUCAAUAUUAUUCUUUAUUGAUAUAUGCUACAGCUCUUCUUCAAAAAAUAUUGUAUCCAGGGAAGUGCAAACUGAGACGUAUUGUAUGAUUUCAAAUCAGUUAUCAAGUAUUCAUCCAAAGACAACACUUCCCUCAAAAGCCCUACGUCAUCACAAUGUACAAAUAUGUCCAUCUGGAAUCCGUUUAUAUUCAAAACCACAGUCAAUAAAUUUUAAACAAUGUGAGACAAACAACGGUAAACAAGGUAAUAAUUUAAAUAAAUGUGUAUUGCAAACUGAUGUAUAAUAAAAAUUUUAAAAC